CUGAGGGACGCACUUCCUGGGAUUUCCGCGUCGGAAGUCUCUGCGGUUGCCUUAGCAACUGUAACUCUGAGGGGUCCUCAGUCCCAGGGAGGCUAGCCCCUCCCCGAGGCCCAGCCCCUGUCUUAGUUGCUCUCCAAAGGGAGGAUUCCCUCCCUGUCUCUUGCCUGGACCAAUGGCGAGUCCUCUGAUUUCUCAGUACCUGCCUCCUGACAUUGACCCUACCAAAGCUUCCAUCGCCUAUGGACGACGAGCUCUGCCUAAGCUGAAUGAGGAGCUCCAGUCCCCAGAUCUGCUGACCCGGCAGAGGGCCCUCAUGGCUCUGUGUGACCUGGUGCAUGAUCCUGAGCACGCGUACCAAGCCAUCGGCAUAGGGUUUCUGGAUACUUUGAAACUUCUGCUGAAAGACCCGGACAGCACCGUGCGGCAAAAAACGGUCGAAGUUUUUGACACCAUGGCUAAUCACAGUGUGGGCAGAGAAGGCUUUUUAAAGCAUGGCGUCAUCCUCGUGCUCUCCCAGAUUCUGGACGACUCCAUGUUGCUGUGCCGCAGAUACUUGCACAAGACCUACAAGAACGUGGCCCAGGUGCCCAGAGGGGCUGAGGCGAUCAGCAAGAGUGGACUGAUCCCCCGUCUGGUGAACAAGGUGAAGGACGAAGAUGAGGAGAUCCAGGAGCUCAUCUUGGACACGCUCUACUUCUGCCUGCAGUGGGACGCGUCCCCGGCCCUGCAGAGCAAGGCGGUGCCCAUCCUUCGGGAAAAGCUCAGCAGCGCCAAUGAGUAUAUCCGCAGCGCAGCGGCCCACGCCUUGAUGGCCAUCUGCAUGCCACGGGAGGGGAAGAACCAAGUGUGGGAGUAUGGCGUCAUCCCCGUGCUGGUGUUGCUGCUGGAUGACCGCAACAUAGAUGUGAAGGCCAAUGCUGCCGGGGCGCUGAUGUUUGCAGCGGUGACUACUGCAGGCAAAUAUGCUGCCCUGGAUGCAGGGGCGAUCCCAGCUCUGCUGGAAGUGUUGGACAUCAACGUGGUCGAGUUGCGCUUGAAUGUCAUCAAAGCGCUCACCAUGCUGGCCGAGGCUCCCGAGGGCCGGCGAGAGUUGCUCCCGGAAGUGUGUAGAUUCAAGAUGCUGAUCAACAGCCCAGUCUUGGCUGUGAGCCAGGCAGCCAAGAUUGCCACCAAGGUCAUCGAGUGGAAGCCCUGAAGUCACAGCCCCCCAGGAAGAGAGACCUGCGAGCCAGGCCAGGCCCUAUCCUUGGCACCCCUAAUAAUGA